AUGGAGGAGAAAUUUACUAGUGCUGCUGAAGAACUUCAAGCCGCGGAAGAAGAAUUAUCAGAAUUGAGGGUUGCUUUAAACAAUGCUAAACGAACGAUCAAGAUUUUACGCAUGGAAAAUGCGGAACAGGCAAAGAAAAUCGAAUUUUUGGCCGCCAAUAAACAAAAAAAUCCCGCAUCGAAGGAGCGUGAUAAAGAAGUGUCAUCUUCGAACCAUAUUUCAAAGAAGGAUCUUCAAACACUGGUUGAUGAACUAAACGAGGAGAAAAUGGCAUUGAAUUUGGCUUUAGAAAGUAGUAAAGCUGCAGAAUCAAGAGCUGCAUUUGAGAACAGCCGCUUAAAAGAAGAGCGUAAAGAAUGGGUCCAGAUGCAGAAGGACCUGCUAGUUGCUGUAAAAGUAGCAAAUGAUUUUAAAAUGGAAGCACAAAAGGAGAUGUUAAAACUAUGGGAUAGAAUAACGGAAUUACAAAGACGACGACAGAGUGCUGCAUUUUCUGCUCCCCAACGAUCGUCAGUAGCCUUGUACGAAAAAAAUUUUAAGAGUUGGGAAGAUAAAGCUUGGCAGAGAUUGAUGCUUGGUUGUGAACGUGGUUCACGUCGUAAUACUCUCCUUCGAUGGUGUCAGGAAGCGGUUGCGAAAUUUCCACAUAUUGAAAUCACCAACUUUAGCAGCAGUUGGGCGGAUGGCAGAGCUCUAUGUUGCUUAUUGGCUUCUUUUUAUCCUGACAAACUGAAUAUAGAUAAAAUCCCUACUCUGGAAGCAGAAGAAUGCUUGGAGCUAGCUAUUAGUAUUGGUGCUGACAUGGGUGUAGAAGUGAAGGUAAAAGUGGCUGACUUCAGGAAAGAAGAUCGUCCAGAUUGGUCUCUCGUUAUGAGGUAUAUCCUCAACUUGUACUAUCUUAUUUCGGAUGGAUCUCAUUGUUGA